CGUGUUCAGAGUUUUCCCGGAGGUCCUGUGAAGAAUGUCUAAAAAACGUUUCGUGCCUUUGGUGUUACACCAACAACACUUGUAUUGAUUACCCUGUAAGAAGCAUUCUUCCACCAUCUUCGUUAUGUUCACUCUCAAAUGCUCGAUGGGGAGUUUGCUGGAUAAACUUUGAGGCUUUAAUUAUUGCCAUAGCUGUAGUAGCUGGACUCAUCCUGGUGUCCUUAGCAGUCUGUUGCUGUUACUGCUGUUACUGCAGAAGGCGUUCCAGGAGUAGGCCAGAUGAGGAAGAAGAACGGCUAGCUAGAAAGAGAGAGGAACGAAGACUAGAGUCUCUUCAGAGGUAUGAGGCUAUGGAGGUGGAAGACCUGUCGAUGAAUGAUGUGGUUGACAGUCCAUCUAGAACAGAUGUGUUGCCGGAGUCAGAAAGGCCUAACCCCUGUAUCAUGACCACCUCCACGAGGAAGAGAAGACUGGUUAUAGUUGUAGAUGACUCCCUUUUGAGGGGAACAGAGGGUUCAAUAUGCCGGGCAGACUCUCCUCUUAGGGAAGUCUGCUGCCUCCCUGGUGCCCGGGUUGAGGACAUCGCUAGGAAAUUUCUUAGCCUG